AUGCGUUUGACCAGCUCAAUCAUCUGCCUCUCCCUCUCCGCCUCCGUGGCUCACAGCGCCAUCGCCAUCGGCAACCAGAUAAGAGAAGGCGGCACGCAUUUCAAUGUGGCCUGGACGGAGGGCUUGAACCCAUGCCAGGCCGACGUCGCCAUCGGUCCAGAGAGCGGCCGCGAGUGCAACAAGAACUUCAGGCUCGACGGCACCGACUACUACCUCGUCGGGUGUACAGACCCCGACACGGGGUAUGCGCAGAACCCGCAGAGGCUGAGGCGGGUCAAGGAUAAUUCUCUGUAUGGGACUUGUGCGCCGGUGAAGAAGAAGGAAAUUGACUGCAAGGGGUCGACUCACAAUGUGGUGAAGCGGUAUCUGUGUGGCUAG